AUGACGGAACCUAUCUCCCUCUCCGCAGUGACCCAGGCUGACAAGCCUCUGGGCAUGCGAAAGAACGGCAAGCAAUGGCAUGCGCUGAAAAAAGCCUUUCGCCCGACCGCCGGCCUCACGACCUUUGAGAAGCGUACCAAAGAGCGUGCCCAGAUGGCGCAGAUGAAGGCCAAGGAGAAUGAAAUGAAGGCAGAGAAGAAGGCGGAGCGCCAGCGCAAAGUUGAUGCGAUCCGCGAGAAGCGAACCAAGAAGGCGGAAAAGGAGCGAUACGAGAAGUUGGCAGAGAAGAUGCACAAGAAGCGCGUCGAGCGCCUCAAGCGCAAGGAGAAGCGCAAUAAGCUCAUCAGCUCUUGA